AUGAGCUCUAGCAACAUUAAAUCUGGGCCCGCACAGAAGGGCGGCCAAGGGGGCAUCGCAGCGCUUGCGCCCAACAACCAAUCCAUCCUUCUUGACAAGCUCAAUGUCCGCAGGUCUACACCAGACUCUGAGGCUCUUGCCAGCUCCGAUGAUGAGCCGGACAAUCACCGACAAGACACACCGCAAGCCCCCAUGCAACCCCAAAGACCUGUUCGCCGUGCGUCUUGGUUGAACGACACAUCACAAGCCACGCUACCUCAUCCUAGGAAGGGCUCAUUUGCUGGAAGCUCUAUGUCUCCCACAACGUCUCAUCCGAGUACGCCAUCGGCGGAACCUGGUGCUGGCGCUUGGGCACCUCAUUCAUCUUCUGGAACUAUGAGUCGCGGGCACCAGGCUCCAUCCUUCCCUUGGGGGACGGGCAUAUGGACUUCUGAGCGGAAGGAGCCACCCUCUCGGCUCACUGAAGUCUUGCCAUCACCAACAUCAACUGUACCACCUGGCCAAAGCUUCUUCAACAGCGAAGCCUCUAUGUCUCAAACGUCUCCUACUCCUCGAGAACAAGGGACUAGCUCACAAAUUCCAUUUGCUAUACCACUGCAUCCGACUCCGAAGACGUAUCGCUCACAGUCUUAUUCUGUCGGCCAGUUGGAUCCGGAGUCGACCACAGCGAUGCCUACAUCGUCUACAUUGGCUGGACGAUCACGUCCAGUCGGCCCACCGGGACUACAGCAUCGCCCCUCUCGACCUAGUAUGUUGAGCGAGAUGUCUAACGAAGGUGCAAUGCUUGGAAAGGUGAAGGAGGUGGAAGAUGACGAAGAGAGUACUAGCGACUCCGCUCAAACAAGCCAACAGCAGCAAAGCGCCGAUGCCAAGACAAUCGAAAUGCUUACUCGUGAGAACGCCAUACUACGACAACAGCAAUACCAAAGCUCCCGGCUCAGACCUCGCGCAUCCACUGCAGCCACCUAUGGAUUGGGAAACGGAUAUAGCCUUCAUGAUCCUGUACCGGAGGAGUCGGACUAUGCCGUGGAUGAGCUUGAUGAGAUGAAUGACGGUCAGGAUCCUAUGAUGAAACGAGCUUUCGCUCGUCGUAUGAGUGAAUAUGGAGCGUCUUAUCGACCUCCUUAUAAUACAGCAGAGAACCGAAAGCUCGAGAAUGUUAAGAGGGCUAUUUGGCAGAGCUCUCUGGGCUUUGGGGGGUUAGCCGAUAUUCCUCAGAGUCGACGACAUUCGUUUGCUGAUGUGCCCACCCGGCAACCUUCUAUUAGCUCCAUGGGAGAAGCUGUAUCCUUGCACGAGGCCACUUCGCCAGAUGCAUCUCAGAGCCAGGAGUUCGGCACAUUCGCGGAUCCCUCUGGCUUUAAUACAACUAGUCCAGUGUCGUUUUACUCUGCAGGUUCUAAUCUUCCAAGCGCCCAUCAAACCAUUGCAUCAUCGGCUUAUGGCACCCCGUAUCAACCGUCGUUUGGGCUAACUCCUAGCUACUCGAACCGUCCGCCAUCACCCCAUCGAAACAUGUAUGGCAUGAAUCAACCAAGACAUAACCAGCUCCUGCAUAUUGUACUUUUCAAAUGUUCACGAGCAGAUGUGUUUUAUAUUCAGGAGGGCACUGGCUUAACCGUUAAACCUGGUGACUUGGUCAUUGUCGAAGCCGACCGAGGAACGGACCUAGGGACUGUAGCUCGAGAAAACGUCGACUGGCAGACUGCGAAAGAGCUCAAGGAGCAUUAUGCAGAGGAGCACUACAAAUGGCUAGUAAUGUACUCACAGAAUGCAGCUGGCGCCCAAGAGGGCACCGGUGCCGGUCUGAUGGCUGCGUCGAACGGCCUUCAGGGAAGUGCUAUUGGUGGCAUGGGCCCUCCAAGCGGGCAUCAUAUGCAAGAGCCUAACUCAGGCGAGCUGAAACCCAAGAUGAUCAAACGUCUGGCCCAGAACCACGAAAUUACUGGUCUUCGUGAUAAGGAGGGGAACGAAGCGAAAGCUAAGCGCAUGUGUAUGCAAAAAGUAAAAGAGCAUGGUCUCAAUAUGGAGAUUCUCGACGCUGAAUUCCAGAUGGAUUGGAAGAAGCUAACGUUCUACUACUUCGCGGAUUCCUACAUCAAUUUCAACUCUCUUGUAACUGACCUUUUCAAGAUCUACAAGACGAGAAUCUGGAUGUCCGCCAUCAAUCCGGCCUCGUUUGCUAGCCCAACUCUUGGCCUGCAAGCACCUAGUGGUGUUGGCCCUGGUGCUGUUGGGCUGGGGAGAGCGGGCGGUUCAAACAACACCGACAGACGAGCCAACCAGACGCAGGAACCGCAAAGCAUGUUUGCUAACGCCAACCCGAGCGGUCGCUCAUUCCAGCCAGCCUUUAGCGCACCGUUCACUGCGACAGAUAGACCGUCAACGGGGGGCUCGGCCUACCCACCAGCGAACUUCCCCUAUUCAGGGUACGGGAGUUAUAGUGGCGCUCCAAGAGCAACAUCUUAUAUGCCGGGCAUGGUGCAAACCAUGGAUGCUUACGGUGCAAGUUUCCCGCAGAAUGGUGAAUUCCCGCCGACAAUGCGGGCGAGGUUCUCGAGUCCACAUGAAAACCCGGCUUCCCAUGAUCAGGUGCAACCUAGCCUAGCAAAUCAGACUGAAUGGGUUGGUGCGUUCCAAGGGCUGUCCUUGAACACUCGCUAA